CAACACCACCAGUCUAAACUUUAAAGCUGUAAAUUAUCCUGUAUCAUGCGUGAUACGGGCAAGUCUGGAGGCAAGCCCGGCGCGGCCGGCAAGGGCCGUAAGAAACGCGAGAAGGGUGCGGCCCGCAAGUUCGUGACGUCGUUGGAGGAGAUGACGCUGCGUGACGAGCAGGAGGAGCAGAAGCGUAAGGUCCGUGGCGACGAUGAGGAAGGAAGCGAUUCGGAGGACGAGAGCGACUCGGACGAGGACGGAGAGGAGCUUGUGGCCUUCGAGCGCGUACAGACCAACUCGCUGUUCGGCUUUAGCAACAAGGCCGACGGCCCGGCACUGCAACAGGAGAAGAAGAAGGUGGGCUUCGCUGCGAUCGCCAAGACGCAGAACCCCAACUCGAAAAAGAAAGCCAAUAAGGUCAUGAAGGCCAAGGACAUGGACGAAAAUGCUGCACCACAGCAGCUCAGUCGACGAGAGCGUGAGGCUAUUGAGAAGGAGCGAUCCGCCGCCUAUUACUUGAAGAAGCACCUGGCUGGCGAGACGGAUGAGGCGAAGAAGGACCUGGCCAGGCUGGCGGAGGUUAAGCGUCGUCGCGAGGAGGCCGAUCAGCGCAAGAAGGAGGAGGAGGCUGCUGCCGCCGAACGCGAAAAAGCCAAGAAAAAAGUGCAGGUUAAGGACGAUGAUGAGCCUUUGGACGCGCGUGCGAUUAAGGCCCUGAAGCCGGCGCUUCUUAAGGAGAAACUCAAGGAGCGCGACCUGUCUACACAGGGCCAGAAGAAGGAUCUGAUCCAGCGUCUUAUCGACUACGAGAAUGAGCGCGCUAUAUAGAGAGCUUUUUGUGUUCUUGGAGUCGAUCAAUCUGAUCACUGUGUCAAACUCAGUUUUUUUUUCUCUUU